AUGCCGGCGCAUGCGGUGGCACCCGCCAGCAGCGCCGCUGCAAGGCAAAAAGCCGAAGCAGUCCUCGGUACGGAUGUGGCGUGCCAACAAAAGCAGCCGUCUCCCCCGCUCUCACCGGCCAAGAGCCCGAAGCACCGCGCCACCGCGCCCAAUGUGACAUCGCCGAAGCGGCAGCCAGCGCCCAGCUCGCCGGCGCGGCAUCCAGUCGCGUCCACCAGCUGCGGCGCCAGCAGCAGCAGCAGCAGCAGCGGCGGCGCCAGCGGCUGCUGCAGCGGAGGCGGGUUGCGGCCGCCUGCGAUUGGGUCAGCAGCGAUGAGUCACAAGGAGAGGCGGCGGCUGGAGAUCUACGCGAUGAACGCGAUAUUGGCACAGCACGAGGCGGCGCAGGCCAGGGCGGGUCUCAUCGCCUUGCAGGCCGGCCGCGAGGGCCGGCCGGCGGCGGCGGCCACCGGCGGGGGCGAUUUCAAGGACAGAGCGCUGUCCGCGCCGCGAACGCUUGCUGCCGGUGACGGUGGGCCCGAGCUUGCUACCCCUGUGGCGCGGAUGCAAGGAGUCUGA